AUGGCACCCAGCAGGACUGCAAAACCGAAGACAGACGCUGUAACCCUCCUGGUAAAGAAUGCCAGGCUGGAAACAGACUUCUCAAACUCGAACUCUGACGUCCGCCAUACCACACGAACCCAAGCAGCCCAGGGAUGUUCACUGCAAGAGUAUUGGAAGUGCGAGAAAUACAUCGGCUGCGGUGGAUUUGGAUCCGUCCAUUUGGAGAGAUGCUUCGAUGUCGACGUGGUCUGGGAUGACAGCGACUACGAGGAUGAAGGCGAUGAGGGUGAUGCUAGGACCAAGAUUGGCGCUUUGAGAGCUGUCAAACAACUUUUCAAACCCAGAGACCAAGUCAAGUUGUCUGGUGAGCUCCUGCACGAACUACACAGUCUUGUCUUCUUCACAAAGCCCAAGUACGAAUAUCACUUCGUCAAGACAUGUGGAUGGUUCGAGAGCACAAGCACGCUAUUCGUUGCGAUGGAGUACAUGGCUUUGGGAGACCUGCAAUCCCAUUUGGUGGAUAAAGGCCCUUUUGCGGAGAUCGAUGUCAAGUUCAUCAGCAAGCAGUUAUUUCGUGGUCUCGAGUUCAUGCACCAAAAUGACUUCGUCCACAGAGACCUGAAGCCUUCAAACCUUCUCGUCAAACAAAUGCCCCCGAAUCGAUCAUGGUGGAUCAAGAUUUCGGACUUUGGCCUCAGCAAAAAGCUCCAUCAAUCCCGAACGCUGUCAUCCACCGUUUGUGGAACACUCGGCUUCAUGGCACCUGAGUUAUUGGGCUUCAAGGCGCGCGGCAAGGAGCUUUCCCAACUCGACAGGAGCAAGGCGGCUGACAUCUGGGCUGCGGGGGAAACAGUAUACCGACUGUUGACAGGAAUGGCAUCCUUUGGCGACAACUUACAAACUCUGAGCAAUUACGUUCAAGAACCAGAACGAUUUCCUCGGAAGGCCCUUGAGGCCAACAAGAUCUCCAGCGAAGGGAUUGGGUUCAUUCGUCGCUGCAUGGCUCCAAGCCCAUUUGAUCGUCCUUCUGCAAAUUCUGCUCUCGAGGAGUUGCGGUGGCCGAUGACCCAUGGCAGAAAUAAGUACAGGAACAUUACUACGGAGACGACCUGCACAAAACCAUGCCGAGGGAGUACUCCACCUUUCAUCUUGUUCACCCCUGAGGGAGACCAUCUUGUUGUGAUCGAACCUCAACGAGUUUUUGUCUGGAACAUGGAGUCAGAGACAGUUGUCAACUCCUAUGUAGGCAAAACCAAGAAAGCUUUCUGCCACGGGUCAAUCCAUCCAGAUGGAAGAUAUCUUUGUAUCACUCAAGCAAAGUGGCGGAAGCCUUUGAUUCUGGAAGACGCCAUCGAUCUUGAAGACUUCUUCUUCAUCGAAGAUGAUUUCGAUGGAGUUGGAGAUCAUCCGACCAUCUCAACUUUCUCCCCAGACGGCCGCAUCCUUGUCAUUGCCCGCAACAGCCUCUUGUGCCAGAUUGAGAUCGAGGACGACUGGGCCACUACAAACAGUUACUGCUUGGCAACGACGCCUGACAGAGAAUCAGGGGAGAACGGAAUCAAGAGCUUACAAUUCAUGAAGGACUGUUCGAAGCUCAUCGUGGCUUGCGAGACCGAUUUCAUCAUUAUGGACACCGCAGCAGACUCCUGGUUCAAAAAGCAGGUAGUCAAAUACCCCUGCUUGGCCAGCAGCCUCGACAUCUCCCCGGGCGGCAAGAUAGUGGCAUGCGGAUCGGCAACCGGCGAGCUGUGGCUCUGGACUUCCCAAAUGGAGUGUUGGGUCAGGCGGAUGAUGCCUCAAGGCGGGCCGGGCGCGGAAUCCGACGCGUUGGAGAAUGUUCGGUUUUCCGCAUCUGGGGGCUCAAUCUUAUGCAACUGUCGUGGUAAUUUUUGGGUGGAAAUGUGGAGGUCUAUUCCUCUCGACCGCAUUGGCUUUUCAUCAAAGCUGAGAUACUAUCAUGGGCGGCGGAUGGGACAUUCGGUCACGUAUCCAAUUCGGGGUCUCGGAGCCACAGCGCUGGGAGGUGACAAGGGCGCGAGUGUUGUCUUUUGGAAGUAUGAGCUAUGA